UUUGGUGUUGAAUACAAUUUUCUGGGUAUUGAAUUUAGUGCAGUUGGUAGGCUUAGGUUUUUUUAGCGACUUUUUUCCUUUCAAUUACAAGUUGGGGUGAAUCGAGCCACGAGUGGGUACAAGAUUUAGGGUUUGAAUGUAGAGUACAUGCAAGAAGUGAGAAGCUCCAUAAUCAUAAGAGAUUUGCACUGCAAGUUGAGGAAGGAUAGGAAGUUGUAGACUUACAUUUUGGAGAUUUUAAAACAGAGAGAGAUCAUAGGCAUAAACAAGAUGAAAUUCAAUCAUUCCAAGAAGCACAGGAAGAAUGUUAAGAAGAAUGUGGUCUUAGUUGGGAUCAAGAUUGAUGGCCAAAGCAGAGAACUUCUUGGAUGGGCUGUUGCCAAAGCUGCUGAAACAGAAGACUGUGUUCUUGCUGUUCAUGUAUGCCGAAGUUCUGAUCAGUGUAUGAAGGACAAGCCAAUAGUGGACAGUUAUGUAGAAGCUUAUGAAGGGUUAUCUCAUAUGAAAAAGGUGCACAUCAUCAGUCAGGUAUUGAUAGGAAGCUCAAUCCGAAAGGCGCUAGUGAAAGAGGCAAAGCACCAUGAAACUGUGGCUGUAGUUGUAGGCACAAGCAAUCCAAGCACCGAAAAGGUUAAGGAUUCCACGGCGAAGUACUGUGCUAAGAAAUUGCCUUCAAGCACAGAUGUUGUGGCAAUCAACAAGGGGAAAAUAGUAUACAGAAGAUGCACUAGUGAUGAACAAUCAGGUGAUGAGCCAAGGCCAAGUAUGAGUCACUCUUAUAAUUUUCUUCCUAGAGAAAAAUGCCAAUCUGAAUCUGUUGACUCUGAGGCGGAAACAGAAACUGUUAAAACAUUGUCUGAUAAGGAUCAGAAUUCCCAAGGUAGUCCGAUGUGUGGUAUUGAAGAGCUGAAGAAAGAGAAUAAGAGAGCUCAAAAUAGAUCAGAUUCUUCACUUAGUAUAGGAGAGUCUGCAGAGAAGUGCCUCGGAUGGCCUCUGUGUAGAGCAAGUUCUGUAAGUACACAAAUUCCAGGAACAAGGAAUAUGUCUGUGGUGCAAUGGGCGAUGACCUUACCAGAUCGUUCUCCACAGCAAUCUCCUAAGUGUUCAAUCAUUAGAGAAACUUCCUGUGAAGGAGAUAUUAAGAGUGCUUCUGCUUUGGAUGAGCUACCAAAUGUGUUGAGGAGUCUCCUGAGAACAAAUCGCUGCAGUUGGUUCAGUCAUGAGGUUCUGAAAGCUGCAACCUCAAAUUUCUCCUCAGAAAAUCUUAUUGGAAAAGGAGGAUGUAACCUUGUGUUCAAAGGAAAUCUACCAGAUGGCAAGAAAGUGGCAGUAAAGCUUAUGAGGUCAUCCAAAGCAAUGUGGAAGGAUUUUGCUCAUGAAGUCGAUAUUAUCUCCUCAUUGACGCACGAGUACAUCAUGCCUCUGCUUGGAUUCUGCUGUGAGGGCAAUGUUCUACUAUCGGUUCAUGAUUUCUCGCCUAAAGGAAGCUUAGAGGAGAAUUUACAUGUUGAUGCAGCCAAGAAUAAAGGCAAACCUGUAUUGUCCUGGGAAGUGAGAUUUAAAGCUGCUGUUGGGAUUGCUGAAGCUCUAAAUUACCUGCACAAUGAUUGUUCUCCACCAGUUAUUCAUAGAGAUGUCAAGUCUUCUAACAUUCUUCUCACACCAGAAUUAGAACCACGGUUGUCUGAUUUUGGCCUUGCAAUAUUGGGACCAACAACUACAUCGUUCCUGACUGAAUGCACUGUAGUGGGAACAUUUGGUUAUCUAGCCCCUGAAUAUUUCAUGUACGGAAAAAUCAGUGACAAAAUUGAUGUAUAUGCCUUUGGUGUAGUCCUGCUUGAACUAUUAUCAGGAAGACAACCUAUUGGCUCUGACACUGACAAACAGCAGGAGAGCUUGGUCAUGUGGGCAAAGCCUAAGCUAGAGAAUGGAGAUGUACAUGACAUACUGGAUCCGAAUUUUGAUGGAAACUUUGAUGAGAUUCAGGUACUGAGAAUGGUUCAUGCAGCAAAACUGUGCAUCAUACGUUCAGCUAGGGUUCGCCCAAAAAUGAGUCAGAUAGUGAAGCUUCUAAAAGGGGAUAUAAAUGUGGAAACGUACAUGAGCCCUCCAUAUUCUGAUGUCGAGGAUUCAGAAAGCCGAGAUGACAAUGAUGAUGAAGUGUAUCCAAAUUCAAGUGCUGAGUUACAUUUGAACCUUGCACUGCUUGACAUUGACGAUGAUACAACAUCAUUCAGUAGUACGGAGCAGAACAACCGUUCUUGGGAAGAAUAUAUGAAAGGAAGAUGGAGCAGAUCAUCAAGCUUUGAUUAGCUUUUCUUGUACACUCUUGAUCUUUUUUCUCAACUUGUUUGGAAGUUGCGAUCACAUACUCGUUCAUAUAUAUGAACUUAGCCAAUCUGUACAGUAUAGGGAAAGGAAUGCCUCCCUAAGAGUGAGGUGAUUUGUAGAUGUAAACAUGUACAGAUCAAUAAGAAGUAAAUAGAGAAGUAUUAGUGUGAAAAGCAAAGUUUGCAGCU